CUCAGAAGAAUAACCUGAAAGGGAAAGAGAGGAGGACGGAUAACUAGUGGAGAUCCAUCACUUCUCAAAAAGAACAAAAGCAAGCAGGCAGUCUUCCGGGUGACCGAGGACUCACUUCUGAUCCUGAAAGCAACAUGGAUAUGCAGUUUGUCUACGAUGUUUUAGGGGAAAAUGCUUGGUCAUACAUCAGUGCUACCUUCGUGGUGUUGUGGAUUAUGGUGUGGCUGUACAGAGACAGCCUGGAGAUCGAGAACAUCGCCGAAAAGCACGUCUUUGUGACCGGCUGUGACACGGGGUUUGGAAACCUGCUGUGUCAGAACCUCGAUCGUAAAGGUUUCCACGUGCUCGCCGGCUGUCUGACAGAAAAGGGAGCCGAUGACCUGAAGAAGGCGGCGGGCCCUCAUUUGAAGACUGUCCUUCUGGAUGUGACCAAUCAGGACAGCAUCCAGAAAGCCAUGGAGUGGACCCAGAAGGAGGUCGGCGACAAGGGACUCUGGGGUAUUGUGAACAACGCUGGACGCGCGUUACCCAUGGGUCCUUCAGAGUGGAUGAAAGUGGAGGAUUACCACAGCACACUGAAAGUCAACAUGAAUGGAUGUAUUGCCAUGACGACGAUUUUCCUGCCACUCAUCAAAAAGGCCCGAGGCCGUAUUGUCAACGUGGCGUCGGUGCUGGGCAGGGUGGCAGCAAACGGUGGCGGAUACUGCAUCUCCAAGUUUGCAGUGGAGUCUUUCUCUGACUGCCUCAGGAGGGAUAUUAACUACUUUGGCAUCAAUGUGUGCAUCAUUGAGCCGGGCUUCUUCAAGACCGCGGUGACGAGCCUGGAGCCCCUCGAGAAGGAGCUGCACCGCCUGUGGAACCAGCUCAGCCCCGAGGUACAAGCCAGCUAUGGAGACAAGUACCUUGAUAAAUACAUCAAGGUCCAGCGUCUGAUCAUGAAUGCAAUCUGCGACACUGACAUCUCCAAGGUGACCGGCUGCAUGGAGCACGCUCUGACCGCUGCCCACCCACGCACCAGAUACAGCCCCGGCUGGGAUGCCAAGCUUUUCUGGAUCCCCCUCUCCUACAUGCCUUCCUGUGUAGUUGACAUUGGGCUGAAGCUGGUGCUGCCUCGCCCAUCAAAGAGCGUGUAACUCAUGAGAAUGUGGAUGAAAUAUCUGCAAAGUUAUUAUCAGCUUUUUAAAAAUGUCAUUUUGAUGCAUUGCAGAGGUUGACUUAAAGAAAUGAAUAUGUUGCCUUUCUAAAUACCCAUAUUCCUUAUCCAUGCAGUGACUUGAUGUUGCUUAUAUUUUCUUUAUGUGCCCUUAAUCUGUCAUUGUUGUUGUUGUGUGUGUGUGUGUGUGUGUGUGUGUGUGUGUGUGUGUGUGUGUGUGUGUGCGUGUGUGUUUAAUUUACUGUUGGAUAAUUGUUUUGUGUGUUCACACUAUGCUGUGCCUUUUGACACUUUUAUUUUUGUUCGUUGAUAUGGAUGGAUUUUAAUAUUAAGAAACACUCAGAAUGCAAUAAUCAGUAUAUUGUAUUCACUAAUAAAAGAAAUAGCAAAAAGGCAUACCAUGCAAAAAUAAUAAUGAUAAUGAAACAUUUUCUUUUUA